GUCGGGCCCAAGCCCAACCUGGAGAAGGCGGGGAGGUUGAGGCGCGUGGAACCACUGAGUUGGAGGCUACCUUGAAGGUGAGAGGAACGUCGUAGGCCAGACAUAGCAGAAGAUGCCAUCGCUUGAGCCAUGUUUCUCCGAUCAAUCUCCGGAAAGGUCCAAAUCAAGGCAAAGCAGGACAGUCAAGUCAACAAGGCGAAUAAGACCCGGGUAUAUAUUGGACCCAAAGAUUCGUUCAUGCUUGAUGCUAUGCUAGAAGGAAGAUAGAAAGGUGAAGUGGAGAAUUGGUGCAGCGUGUGCGUGUGGCUUUGGCAUUUGGCAACGAGGCAAUCGCUUUUUGUGGUGGUGGUAAUGGGACGAUGCUGCUCGAUUGUCUCUCUCAAUAUCUCUCGCGUUCCUUUCUCAUCGCUCAUCAUAUUCUUAUUCUUACCUUUUACGCUUCUUUUGUAUCUCAUUCUCAACCAUUUACAUCGUAAUUCGUCGGCUCUCCAUCUUUUUUUCUCGUUGAUUCCCAAGCACGGACGUGAACCACUCUUUCGCCAUACGCCACGGGAAACUUGUCAUCGGAAUUCUGAGUUUCCGGCACUCUGUCGCACAUGGGUUCUUCGGAGAACCCCAAUUGGGUAUUCGAUUACGGUUAUUUAGACGACAUUCCCGUCCCUGGUGGUGACCUUCCUUCCCUUGACCCGCCCAGUUUUGUUUGGCCCCAUCAUUCCCUCACUGCUCCUCCUGCUGAUUUCAGUACAGAGUUGGAUGAUACCUAUGGGAAUUCUGAUGUUCUUAAGGAACCUGGGUCAAGAAAACGCCUAAGGUCAGGACCCAGCAAUUCAUCUGGAACCAAAGCAUGUAGAGAGAAAUUGAGGAGGGAUCGACUGAAUGACAGGUUCCUAGAAUUGGGUUCUAUCCUUGAUCCUGGCAGGCCUGCCAAAGACAAGGUUGUCAUAUUAAGCGAUGCAGUUCGAGUGCUCUCUCAGCUAAGAGACGAGGCUCUGAAGCUUAGAGAGUCCAAUGAGAAUCUGCAGAAGAAAAUAAAUGAAUUGAAGGCUGAGAAAAAUGAGCUCCGCGAUGAGAAGCAGCAGCUAAAAUUGGAGAAAGAUAACAUUGAGCGGCAAGUCAAAGCCUUGAAUUCACAACCAAGCUUCCUGCCUCACCCUCCCACCCUCACAGCUCCAUUUCCAACACCAGGACCAGUUCUUGGGGGCAAGAUGGUGCCAUUCAUUCGUUACCCAGGAGUUUCAAUGUGGCAGUUCUUACCCCCUGCUGCUGUUGACACCUCACAGGACCAUCUACUUCGUCCCCCAGUCGCCUAAAACUUGGUAAAGGUUGUGUAUUCUAGCCUUUCAAGUUUCAAUAAUAUUUUUAUGAGAAAAGGCUCUUCUUUUAUUUCUGCAAAUUUAAUUUACUCUCACAUCGGGAAAAUUUGAUAAUCUUGCGUUGGAAGUGCUCCCAUUGAUUUCUGAGUGUUAUCUUUUAUUCAAUACACAGCUUCUGGAUGUAGUUCUAGUUCGAGCCGGAAUUGAUAUUUAGAGUAGCUUUGGUUUUGGUAAUUUUUAUUGUUAAUACUCAUUUACAAAUGAGUAAUGAGUAUGAUUUUGUGGAUUGACUUAAAAACAACAAAUGAUGAUCUGAUCAACAAAUUUAAUGGCCAGAGUCUGCUAAAAGAUGAUCCUUUUAUAUCUUAUUGCUCAUGCAGAAGCCAAAGUGUCCAUAAUCUUAGCAUGAGGUGAUAACCAUGUAGACAUGUUACAAUACUACUGAGUAGAAGUUCUAGCAGGCUAACACAAAGCUGAAGUAAACACAAUUGUCUUGACCCUUAACAGGGCAGUUUGAAGCCCAAGUAUUUCCCAGAUUUAUAGUCCCUCCAAACCUGAAUGGCUCCAAAGCUGGUCAUCAGAACAAUGCUUAAAACCAUAACCAUGCCGAUUGCGAAAACUAUCAAGGAUGCUCUACCAUACUUGUGGACUGCUUUCCGCAACACCAAUAAACCUAGCAUUGAUGCCACAAAACAUAUAACUGCCAAUAUUAGUGCUGUCUCUGUAUGUUCCAUGCCUAGCAACAUGUACUGUGACGCCGACAUUGUGGAAGAGAAGAAAACCAUGAAAGAACAUGUUGCUGCUGUCACCUAUAUAAACAAAAUUAUUUCUCAGUUGCUACCAACUAAGCUGGCUGAUAUAUAUAUAUAUAUAUAUAUGAUAGUUUAAAAACUGUAAUGUAAGGGAACUGACCUCAGGUGCCAUUCCAACUUGAAGAAGAAGGGGGCUUAUCAGCAUUCCACCUCCAAUUCCAAAGACACCACCCAGAAGACCUGCUGACAGUGCCAUUAUUGGGAAGAUAAGCUUAUUUGGCCGUCCAUCUCCAGUCAAAUCCUGGUCCUGUAAUGUCGAUUGGAAUGAGAUUAGCUAUACUUCAAUUGCUUGUUUGAAAUAGUGAAAGAGCCUGUUUAGAUUUCAGUUGGUAUAAUUGAUUAUGAAAAUAAUUGAUUAAUA